ACACCAAUAAUUUAUGAUCUCUUACUAUUUGAAUAUCUAUAAGAUUGAUGAGUCAUGGGGGUAUAUGACCAGUCGACCAGACUGACAACGUCCAUGAAGCCAAGCCCAUCGUUUUCAAUGCAGACACAUCUGUGGGUCAAACAAUUCAGCCUAAAAAACAUCAUCAUUUCCUUAUAAUUACACACCUCAAAUCCCAUCUCAUCAUCUUUAUUCACUUCCCUUUUCAUACUCCUAAUUUUCCAGAUGCAGCACCCCUCUCAUCAACCACAAGGUCUUCUUCAAGAUCUCUUGAUCACUUCGACCACAUUUAAUCCUAAUCAAGAAGAUGAUUCGUUAUUAGCGUCCUCUUCUUCUUCUUCUUCUUCUUCUUCUUCUUCAUUCAUGCAGCUCAUCUCAUCCUCUCUACAACCCACUAAUUUUCCAUGCUUCGAAGAAACUAUCUUUCCCACGCUACCAAAUCUCGACAACGAAUUCACACAAAUCUACGGAUUCGAAUACAAUGAUAUACCAACGUCAAUGGUUUCAGUCCAAGAAACGUGCCCAACGCUGGUGGAUUAUGAUAACAUGGUUCAUGAUAAGCGUGAAGUCCAGUAUGUUUUUAGUGAGGAAAAGAAGAGCAAAUCUAAGAAGGUUGAAGGGCAGCCUUCCAAGAAUUUAAUGGCAGAAAGACGAAGAAGAAAACGGUUGAAUGAUCGUCUUUCAAUGCUCAGAUCAAUUGUUCCUAAAAUUAGCAAGAUGGAUAGGACAUCAAUACUUGGGGAUACGAUAGAGUAUAUGAAAGAUCUACUCGAAAAGAUUCAUAACUUGAAUCCUGAUUCGAAUAGCUUGAACUUGAUGGGAGUCUCACAACUAUCACAAGCUAAGUAUCCAACAAAGUUUGAAGUAGAGAGGAGAAACGUGGAUACCCGUAUUGAGAUCUGUUGUUCAACAAAGCCGGGAUUGGUUUUGUCAACGGUGAACACACUUGAAACAUUAGGUCUAGACGUUCAACAAUGUGUCAUGAGUUCUUUCGGUGAUUUUUCUGUUCAAGCUUCUUGUUUUGAGGCACAGAAAAGUCGGGAGAUGACGAGUUCAGAAGAAAUUGAGCAAAUAUUAUUCAGAAAUGCAGGAUAUGGAGGAAGAUGUCUCUAAAGAAGCAUGGAUAUAUGAAAAAUAAAAUCUUCAAGUUCUACUCUUGUUUAUUAGCAUGAAAAUGUUUUUGCAGAAUCUUGGGUGUUUUCCAUCUUUGCAAUUAUUAAUUUACUUAUGAACAGCACAUAGUACUCCACUCCAGAUUCCAAAAAAAGUUAAUAUAAAGACAUAAUAUUCCCUUUAUAAUAAAGGUACAAAGAUGCAAAUUUCAGCGGAAGAAUUGAAUUUGCAAUUUACAAGAGA